AUCAAGCUAAUGCCUCCAGCUCCAAAUGAUGACCUGGCUUCUCUGAGUGAGCUAACAGACAGCAGCCUGCUUUAUGAGAUUCAGAAGCGUUUCAAUAAUAAUCAGAUAUAUACCUACAUUGGUGAUAUACUGUUGCUUGUUAACCCAUUUAAAGAACUGCCUAUCUAUUCCACCAUGGUCACCCAGCUUUAUUUAAGUAACUCUGGAAAAUUGUGUUCCUCACUUCCCCCACAUAUAUUUUCCUGUGCUGAAAGAGCAUACCACAUGCUAUUCCAGGAGCAGCGUCCCCAGUGCUUUAUCCUCAGUGGAGAAAGUGGUUCUGGGAAGACCGAAGCCUGCAAACAGAUAGUGAAGCACCUUGUUUGCAGAGCCAGCUCCAGCAGAAACACCUUUGAUACAAAGAUAAAACAUGUAAACUGUAUCUUGGAGGCCUUCGGACAUGCUAAGACACCCUUAAAUGAUUUUUCCAGCCGUUUUAUAAAAUAUUUUGAGCUACAGUUUUGUGAGAAGAAAAAAACAUUAAUUGCAGCUAGGAUUUAUACAUACAUGUUGGAGAAGUCUCGUGUCAUUAUGCAGCCUCUCAACCAGAGUAAUUUUCAUGUUUUUUACUUGAUGAUGGAUGGGCUGUCUGCCGAAGAAAAAUACACCCUGUACCUCAGUAAUUUGUCUGCACACAGGUAUCUAAGCCAGACCAUACUGGAAGAGACGAUGUUAACAGCCAACCCUCAGAACAGGGAGAAAUUAGCCAUACUAAAACAAGCUCUAGGUGCUAUGGGAUUCAAUAGCUUGGAGGUGGAGAACCUGUUUGUAAUUCUCUCAGCAAUUCUGCAUCUUGGAGACAUUCGCUUUACGGCUCUGACAGACGCUGAGACAGCAUUUGUGUCAGACCUGCAGCUACUGGAACAAGUGGCAGGGAUGCUGCAGGUUUCACCAGAUGAGCUUGCUUCAGCCUUAACAACUGAUGUUCAGUAUUUUAAAGGAGAUAUGAUUGUACGGAGGCACACUAUACAGAUUGCAGAAUUUUACCGGGAUCUCUUGGCAAAAUCUCUAUAUGGUCGUUUAUUUAGCUUUUUAGUCAACUCAGUCAACUGCUACCUUCAAAAUCAAGAUGAGACUGGCAGUGACCAGGUAUCUGAAAUUGGAGUACUGGAUAUUUUUGGAUUUGAAGAAUUUCAAAAGAAUACUUUUGAACAGCUGUGUGUCAACAUGACCAAUGAGAAGAUACACCAGUACAUCAAUGAAGUGCUUUUCCUACAAGAGCAAGCAGAAUGUGUACAAGAGGGAGUUGCCAUGGAAACAGUGUAUUCUCCUGGUAACCAUACUGCAGCCUUGGAUUUUUUCUUUCAGAAACCAUUAGGCUUUUUGUCAAUGCUGGAUGAAGAAAGCCAAUCUAUUUGGUCAGUGGAACAGAGUCUUUCUAAACGCAUUCAGUCUUACCUGGAUACAUCAGACACAAAUACAGUAUAUUCCUCCACAAAAGAUGGAAAUGGGAACCUUGCUCCAAAAGAUCAGGGCUCCACCUUCACUGUCAUGCAUUAUGCUGGGAGGGUUACUUAUGAAAUUGCUGGUGCGAUAGAAAAAAAUAAAGAUACCCUUUCACAAAAUCUGAUAUUUGUAAUGAAAACCAGUGAAAAUGUACUCAUCAAUCAAUUGUUCCAGUCCAAGCUGACACAAACUGGAUCACUUGUUCCUCCAUAUCAUUCCCUUAAAAUCAAAGGGUGUAAAGCAGCUUUGCUGAGUAAAAAAACAUCAGUAGCCUGUGCAAGUGGAGAAGCAAAGAAAUAUAUUGAGCUCAGCAAGUUGUUGAAAAAGAAAGGAACAUCUUCAUUUCUUCAGAGACUGGAACGAGGGGGCCCAACUACUGUGGCAAUACAGCUCAGGAAAUCACUCACAGAUAUUAUUGGGAAGCUGCAGAACUGCACGCCACAUUCUGUUCAUUGUAUAAAGCCUAAUAACUCCAAGUUGCCAGAUACUUUUGACAAUUUUUAUGUGUCUGCUCAGCUGCAGUACAUUGGUGUCCUAGACAUGGUCAAAAUCAUACGACAUGGAUAUCCAAUACGUCUCUCUUUCACAGACUUCUUGUCAAGGUAUAAAGAUUUGGCUGAUACAGCAGCAGGAGAGAAGAAGAAGUUCUCUGCCAAGGAGAGAUGUCGUCUUGUUCUUCAGCAGUGUAAAUUACAAGGCUGGCAG